AGGUGUCAUGCGCCAAACAGUCCUCGCGUCACUGAUGGAUUUACAUUUCCAGAAACUUCUGGCUUGUGAUUACUGAAGUGGUCGUCAGUGUCAGUUUUACACGACUGCUUCAUUGUUAACACCUGAAUUGGUUUUAUGUGAAGCGUAGUGUGGUCAAAGUAAGGUUGUAUGUUAUACGUGCUGUGUGCUGGACGUGACAGAACAGCAUGGACCCACGGAAAGUGACAGAGUUGAAGGGCUUCGUGCAGCUGUGCGAGUCCAACCCUGAGAUCCUGCACCUGCCAGAAAUGAGCUUCUUCCGAACCUGGUUGCAGAGCAUGGGUGCCACACUCCCACCCAAGACAACUGGUUCAUGUCAGGGCGGCUGUCCCUGUGAUCCUCCCCCGACAUCAGCUUCAGCUUCACCUCCUGAGCCCGAGCCUCCUAAGCUGUCUGAGAGCGAUGAGAGUGAAAUAGAAAUUGACCGAGAGGGAGUGAUUGACCCAGACACGGUGGAGCCACAGGACAUGGGAGAGUUUGAAAAUGCCGAGGUCACAGAGGAGAUGAUGGAGAAGGCCAAUGAGAAGAAGAUGGAGGCUAUUGAUGCUCUAGGAGAGGGCGAUCUGCAGAAAGCUCUGGAUCUCUUCACUGAAGCCAUCAAGCUGAACCCCUGCAUUGCCAUCCUGUACGCCAAGAGGGCAAGUGUCUACAUCCAGAUGCAGAAACCCAACGCAGCCAUCAGAGACUGCGACAGAGCCAUCAGCAUCAACCCAGACUCUGCACAGCCUUACAAGUGGAGGGGCAAAGCUCACAGGCUUCUGGGUCACUGGGAGGAGGCAGCCAGGGACCUGGCCACAGCAUGUAAACUGGACUAUGAUGAGGGCACCAGUGCAAUGCUGAAGGAAGUCCAGCCAAAGGCUAAUAAAAUUAUGGAGCACAGACGCAAAUAUGAGCGCAAGAAGGAAGAGAAGGAGGUGAGGGAGAAACAAGAGCGGAUAAAGAAAGCCAGAGAGGAGCACGCUCGAGCUCAGAGGGAGGAGGAAGCACGGCAGUUUGGAGGAGGCGCCUUCCCAGGUCCUGCUGGAUUCCCAGGAGGAGGCCCCCCCGGCAUGCCUGGUCUCGGUGAACUCCUGAAGGAUCCUGAGCUGCUCAAUGCCAUGAAGGACCCCGAGGUGAUGGCUGCCUUCCAGGAUGUGGCGCAGAACCCAGCGAACAUCUCCAAGUACCAGAACAACCCCAAAAUCAUGGCCCUGGUCACCAAGCUGAGUUCCAAAUUUGGAGCUUCACCACAGCCGUAGACAGGAAGAGACCAAAUCAGAGGGGAGGGAAUAUCCAUGGUGACACAAUCUGGAGAGGCUCGACGCUUUUCAACAAUUAUUCCACUGUGUGCAGAUCAAACGGAGGCGAGGGUGACGGGUUAAUUAUGUGAUGCAGAGAAAGUGAGGCAACUUUUAAAUGUUCUUAAUCUGCCUGUUAGUACUUAGCAACGUCUCAACAAAGCAACCCCGAUGGUUAGGAGUCGGGCCUGAUACUUAGACAACCCCUCUGACUCGUCUCACCUGGGACUUAACGCGGCUCCACAUUUCUUCACCUAUAAAGUGGGAGCUCCUGCAUUGAGACCCUAGCUCAAAAACAGCUGUUUGAUAUGUGGUAAUGGGUUAGCUACUGUUUUUUUUUUUUUUUGCUUUCUGCAAACAGAGCUGAACUCUCACACAACUGUUAACACAUUUUAUUAACAGAUCAAUUAUGAAUGCAAAAAAACCUGAGCGUGAUGUCUGACCCCAUUGGAAAAAUGAUUCACUGUAAUAAAACCUUUGUUGGAAAACA